CCGAGGCGGCAAGAGGAGGAGCGAUCGCCGAGGCGGCAGGGUUUCCAGGACCCGGCGUGGACGUCUGCGCGGAGGCGGGGAAAGAGAGAGAGAGAGAGAGCCGCUCGUGACGUCUCCCGUGUCGUGGGCCGCUCCGCGUGAUUCAUCAGCAACAACGCCGAUGUCGCGCGCAGAGCCCGCUUGAAGCGGGGCUCCCCGAAGGAGGAGGAAAAGGGGGGCAAGGCAGGUACUAGGCAGGCAAGAUGGAAGGCAUCCUGAAGAAGCUGCAGAAGGAGGCCUCGGGGAGCAAGCACAAGGCCAUCAAGGAGAGCUGCGCCGGGGCCACCGAAACUUUAGAAUCUGCCGAAGCUGCUACCAAGAUCCCACCAUACCAACUAAGGGAGAAGUGUCUCCUUCCACUCCAGCUGGCUUUGGAAAGCAAGAAUGUGAAGCUGGCCCAGCAUGCUCUAGCAGGGAUGCAGAAGCUACUCUCUGACGACCGCUUUGUAUCCAUGGAAACAGACUCUGAUGACAAGCAGUUGCUUAAUCAGAUGCUGAAUGCAGUCAGAGUGACUCCUUCUCUCAACGAAGAUCUGCAAGUAGAAGUGAUGAAGAUACUUUUGUGUAUAACAUUCACUCCAACGUUUGAGUUGAAUGGGAGCUCCAUACUUAAGAUUGCUGAGGUUUGCAUUGAGACCUAUGUCUCCAGCUAUCAUCAACGGAGUAUUAAUACAGCUGUACGGGCAACCCUCAGCCAGAUGCUAAGUGAUUUGACUUUACAGUUACGACAAAGACAGGAAAAUACGAUAGUCGAGAGUCAAGGUGUUCUUCAGGAAUUCAAGAGCCCAGAUUUGACAACAGAGUCCCUCUGUGAUGACGUUGUCUCAGUCUUUACAGUUCUCUGUGAAAAGCUUCAGACGGUCAUCAGCGAGAAUCAGCAGCUUCAACUUCUCUACCUGGAAUGCAUUCUGUCAAUGUUGACCAGUUCCUCUCCUACCAUGCACCACCACAAAGGAUUUACUGACCUCAUAUGGAAGCAGUUGUGCCCAGCCCUCAUAGUAAUCUUGGGAAAUCCAGUCCAUGACAAAACCAUCACCUCUGCUCACUGCCAUGAGGCGGAUGCACUUUCCUCAGGUGUCUCGGAUCAUGGUCGAGGGUCAGGUUGCUCUUCAACAGCCCCUACCCUUAGCAGUCCUGUAGCCCGGACCAUUUAUUACAUCGCAGCAGAACUUGUGCGAUUAGUGGGAUCAGUGGAGUCCAUGAAGCCUGUCCUGCAAUCUCUUUACCACCGCAUGCUGCUCUAUCCCCCACCUCAGCACAGAGUGGAGGCUAUCAAGAUCAUGAAAGAGAUACUCGGCAGUCCUAAGCGACUCUGUGAUUUGGCUGGCCCCUGCUCCACUGAACCAGAAUCUAGAAAGAGGUCCAUUUCAAAAAGAAAGUCCCAUCUGGAUCUUCUCAAACUUAUCCUGGAUGGAAUGACAGAAGCUUGCAUUAAAGGUGGGAUUGAAGCAUGCUAUGCCUCCGUCUCAGGUGUCUGUGCCUUGCUUGGGACUCUGGAUGAGCUAAGUCAAGGGAAAGGCCUGGAUGAGGAGCAGGUCCAUUUACUUCUCCGGCGCUUGGAUGAGUUAAAAGAUGGGGCCGAGACAAGUCGGGAUUCCAUGGAGAUCAAUGAUGCUGAUUUUAGAUGGCAAAGACGUAUCCUCUCCUCUGAACAUACUCCCUGGGAAGCAGGCAAUGAAAAAAGUCCUGAUAUUAGCAUUAGCGUCACCACAGACACAGGUCAGACAACCCUAGAAGGGGAAUUGGGACAGACCACUCCAGAAGAUCGUUCUGACAUUCGUAAAAAUUCUCUUCAAUCACCAGCUGGACAAGCUGUGAGAGAAAUCCAUUACAAAGAGCCAGAAUCAGAAACUAUUGACCAACCAGAUGUUGUUCAACGGAGCCAUACAAUGGUUUAUCCAGAUAUAACUAAUUUCCUUUCAGUUGAUUGUCGGGCGCGCUCUUGUGGAUCCAGGUAUAGUGAGAGUAAUUUCAGCAUUGAUGACCAGGAUCUUUCAAGGACCGAAUUUGACUCAUGUGAUCAAUAUUCCAUGGCAGCAGAAAAAGAUUCUGGAAGAUCAGAUGUUUCAGACAUAGGUUCAGAUAACUGCUCCUUGGCUGAUGAAGAACAGACACCAAGAGACUGCCCUGGUCACAAGUCUUUGCGGACUGCAGCCCUUUCCUUGAAGCUGUUGAAGAACCAAGAAGCUGAUCAGCACAGUGCCAGGCUGUUUAUCCAGUCCCUCGAAACUCUUCUCCCUCGACUUAUAGCACUGCCAAAAGUAGAAGAUGUUGAUUUGGCCCUCCAGAACUUUGCCUCAACUUUUUGCUCAGGUAUGAUGCACUCGCCAGGUUUUGAUGGGAAUGCCAGUUUCACGUUCCAGACACUGAUGAAUGCAGAUAGUCUCUAUAUGGUCUCUCACUACAUUCUUCUGCUGAACCUGAAGCUGUCCAAUGCAGAUUACUAUAGAAAGAAGCCUGCCCAGUCACCUAUGUUAAUGAAGGAAUUUAUGAAGCAGGUCCAGUCCAGUGGAGUAUUGAUGGUAUUUUCUCAGGCCUGGGUUGAAGAGCUUUACCAUCAAGUACUGGAGAGAAAUCUUCUUGGAGAGGCUGGAUACUGGGGAAGCCCUGAAGAGCACAGCCUUCCGCUCAUCACCAUGUUAACUGACAUUGAUGGUUUGGGGAGCAGUUCAAUAGGUGGGCAGUUGAUGGCUUCUGCAUCCACACACUCUCCUCUCACUCAGAACUGGAAACCAGAUGAUGCUGUUGUGGCAGGCAUGUCCUUUGCCCGAUACCUGCUUAUUGGUUGUUGGAAGAAUUUGAUUGAUACAUUGUCAACACCUCUGACUGGCCGCAUGGCAGGGAGCUCCAAAGGGUUAGCAUUCAUUCUUGGAGCCGAAGGAGUCAAGGAACAGAACCAAAAGGAGAAGGACGCCAUCUGCAUGAGUCUGGAUGGAUUGAGGAAGGCAGCCCGGCUUAGCUGUGCUUUAGGAGUUGCUGCCAAUUGUGCAUCUGCCCUUGCUCAGAUGGCUGCAGCUUCAUGUGUUCAAGAGGAGAAAGAGGAAAAGGAGACCCAAGAGCCCAGUGAUGCCAUAGCUCAAGUAAAACAGAAAAUGGAGCAAAAACUGGAGCAGAUGGGGAAAGUGCAAGGUGUCUGCCUACACACAGCUCAUGUUUUGUGCAUGGAUGCCAUUCUCAGUGUGGGACUGGAGAUGGGAAGCCACAAUCAAGACUGCUGGCCACACGUCUUUAGAGUUUGUGAGUACAUCAGCACUCUGGAACAUGUCCAUUUCAGUGAUGGCACAUCUCAGGCUCCUGUAACCAUUACACAGGCACAACAGUCUACUAGUGGGCCACAGGUAGAUGGUCCACCUAUGGACUCUUCCCAGGAAUUGACUGAAGAGGAAGAGCCAACUCUGAGGAACACUCCCGUCAUCCAGCCAGUUUCCAUUCAGGAGCUCAUCAAAGAGGGCAGCAAAGGAAGAACUUUUGAUUUCCGCGGAGGGAGUCUGAUGGGCGGAAGCAGUGCUGCUAAGGCCAUCCUCACCCUCUCAACCCAAGCUGACAGAUUGUUUGAAGAAGCUGUUGACAAGCUGAAUCUGAUGGCACUGGGAGGUUUCCUGUAUCAGCUGAAGAAAGCAUCUCAGUCCCAGCUCUUUCACUCUGUUACUGACACUGUUGAUUACUCCUUGGCAAUGCCAGGAGAAGUAAAAUCCACCCAAGACAGGAAAAGUGCCCUCCACUUGUUCCGCCUAGGAGGAGCUAUGCUUCGAAUUGUCAGGAGCAAAUCUCGGCCUUUGCUUCAUCUCAUGCGCUGCUGGAACCUGGUGGCACCUCAUCUGGUCGAAGCUGCCUGUCACAAAGAAAGGCAUGUUUCUCGGAAGGCUGUCUCUUUCAUCCAUGACAUCCUGACUGAGGUUCUGAUGGAUUGGAAUGAGCCUCCCCAUUUUCAUUUUAAUGAGGCUCUGUUUCGCCCUUUUGAGCGCAUCAUGCAGUUGGAACUCUGUGAUGAGGAUGUCCAAGAUCAGGUGGUCACAUCGAUAGGAGAGCUGGUGGAAGUGUGCUCUACUCGGAUCCAGUCAGGCUGGAGACCACUGUUCAGCGCACUCGAAACUGUGCGUAGCAGCAGCAAAUCAGAAGUUAAGGAUUAUCUUGUUGGAGAAUAUUCAAUGGGAAAAUGCCAGGCUCCUGUAUUUGAUGUAUUUGAAGCAUUUCUAAAUACGGACAACAUCCAGGUUUUUGCAAAUGCAGCCACCAGCUACAUCAUGUGCCUUAUGAAGUUUGUCAAAGGACUGGGGGAAGCAGAUUGCAAGGAGAUUGGCGAUUGCGUAUCAGGAUCAGGUUCCAUGUCUACAGACUUGUGCCUUCCUGCUCUCGAUUACCUCAGGCGCUGUUCUCAGUUGCUUGCCAAAAUCUACAAAAUGCCUUUGAAGCCAAUUUUUCUCAGUGGGAAACUCGCUAACUUGCCACAAAAAAUACAAGAACGCUCUGCAAGCAGCGACGAUGGCACUGAGUGUGUCCUUUCUGAGUUUGAUGAUGACACAGGCCUUAUCAAUGUCUGGAUCAUUUUGCUGGAAGAGCUGACAACUGCUAUAUCCAACUGCCCUCGUCAGCAUCAACCUCCCACUUUGGAUUUACUAUUUGAACUCUUGAGGGAUAUUACCAAAACACCUGGUCCUGGAUUUGGUAUGUAUGCGGUUGUACAUCUUCUGCUCCCUACGAUGUCUCUUUGGCUUCAUCGCAGCCACAGUGAUCAUUCUUACUGGGAUGCAGCAUCUGCAAAUUUCAAGCAUGCUAUUGGUCUUUCUUGUGAGCUAGUAGUGGAGCACAUUCAAAGUUUCAUACAUUCAGAUAUUGGCUAUGAGAAUAUGAUCAACACCAUGCUCAAAGACCUGUUCAAGUUACUAGUCGCUUGCGUAGCAGAACCCACCGAAAGCAUUUCAAGAGUUGGCUGUUCCUGCAUCAGAUAUGUGCUAGUGACAGCUGGUCCUGUUUUUACAGAAGAAAUGUGGAGACUAGCGUGUUGUGCAUUACAGGAUGCUUUCUCAGCUACUCUUGAGCCAGUGAAGAAUCUGUUGGGCUAUUUCCACAGCGGUUCCGAAAACCUUAGUGGUGAUGCCUGCGAGGUGAAAGUGGCAGCUCCUUCCCUUUCCCCAAGUGCUGAAGCAGAGUACUGGAGAAUACGGGCCAUGGCCCAGCAGGUGUUCAUGUUAGACACCCAAUGCUCUCCUAAAACUCCAAACAACAAGGAAGGCUUUGAACAUGCUCAGUCCUGUGUGCUUAUCAUCGAAUUGCCUCCUGACAAGAAGCCUAAUGGCCACACACAGAAAAGGAAGCUUGGUAUCCCUUUCAGAACUAUUGUAGUUAGUCUACUCUCCCACCAAGUGCUGUUGCAGAAUUUAUAUGAUAUUUUGUUGGAAGAGUUUGUCAAAGGGCCCUCUCAAACUGAGGAGAAGACAGUGCAACAACCACCAGAAACCAAAUUGGCUGGCUUCCUCAGAUACAUUUCUAUGCAGAAUUUGGCAGUUAUCUUUGACUUGCUGUUGGAUUCCUACCGAACUGCUAGAGAAUUUGAUACAAGGACUGGAUUGAAAUGCUUGCUGAAAAAGGUCUCCGGCAUUGGUGGAGCUGCCAACCUCUACCGCCAGUCAGCAAUGAGCUUCAACAUCUACUUCCAUGCCUUGAUCUGUGCCAUUGUAACAAACCAGGAGAACAUAACUGCAGAACAGGUGAAGAAAAUCCUCUUUGAAGAGGAUGAAAGAAGCACUGAUUCAUCCCAACAGUGCUCUUCAGAAGAUGAAGACAUUUUUGAAGAAACAGCUCAAGUAAGUCCGCCAAGAGGAAAGGAGAAGAGGCAGUGGAGGGCCAGACUGCCAUCUCUGAGUGUCCAGCCUGUCAGCAAUGCAGAUUGGGCUUGGCUGAUUAAAAGGCUCCAUAAACUGUGCAUGGAAUUAUGUAACAACUAUAUUCAAAUGCACCUGGAUGUGGAAAAUAUUGCCGAUGAGCUCCCAGUCUUCAGAGGUGAUCCUUUCUUCUUCCUUCCAUCUUUCCAAUCUGAAACAUCAACCCCAUCUACUGGAGGUCUCUCUGGGAAGGACACCCCUUCAGAAGAUGACAAAAGCCAGAAGAGGGACUCACUCACAGAGAGUGCCACUCCUAAGGGAGGAGGCGGAGAUAUGCUGCUGCUUCCACCACUAAGCCCCAAAACAGAAAAGAAGGACCAGGGCAGGAAAAAAGAAUGGUGGGAGAGUGCUGGCAACAAAAUCUACACCAUCGCUACAGAUAAAACCAUAUCGAAGUUAAUGACAGAAUAUAAGAAAAGAAAACAACAGCAUAACUUGGCUACUUUUACCAAAGAGAUGAAAGCAGACAAGAAAGGAGACCCACUAAACUCAAGGGGUCCAGAUUCACCUCUUCCACAAAGGCCACAAAAUCUGGUUGAUCAAGGUCAAAUGAGGCAUUCCUUCAGUGCAGGCCCAGAAAUUUUGAGACAAGAGAAGAGACCACGAUCCGGGUCAACUGUCAGCUCACUCAGUAUAUCCAUUCGGGAUGGCGAGGCACAAAUACAGGCAUGGACCAACAUGGUACUGACAGUCCUUAACCAGAUUCAGUCCCUUCCAGACCAGAUCUUCACAGCCCUCCAGCCAGCUGUGUUUCCCUGCAUCAGCCAGCUGACAUGUCAUGUGACUGACAUUCGGGUUCGUCAGGCUGUAAGAGAAUGGCUGGGAAGAGUUGGCAGAGUUUAUGACAUUAUUGUGUAAUAGACACAGUUGGGUUACCAAGCAGACUGACAGCAUCUAAGGCACUUCAAGGCAUACGAAUACAGGUGCAGACAGAUGCAGUUGUAACUGCCUACUCGCUGUCCAUUCUUAAUAGGCAAUUUUUAUCACACACUGUUAACUGCUUAAGAGCACAAUCGAUUUUGCUCAUGCCUGCAAGAGAAUGUGAUAUGGCAGUAUGGCUCAUAUGCCAAGUGUCACAAAUAAUAGUGCAUAUUAAAUCAGAAAAUGCCAUUAAAUCAGGCUGAAUAUUAAAACUCAGCAUGUUAGAUGCUGUGUAUUUGUCAUAGACAAAAAUGUUAUACUUAACUAUUUCUCUGCAGGAAGAAAGGGAAAAAAAGAUUGCAGUGUAGUCUCAAUGCUGGCCAUAUGAAUGGACACCUGCACCAAGUUAACUAUGACAGAACACUGUCAAAUUGCUUCUGUUUCAAACCUCCACUCUAAUGAAAAAAGUUGAUCUCUCAGAAAUCAAAAAGCUUUACAUUCAAAAUAUACUAGAGAGUACAGUGGAUGUUAGGUGUUUUUUGUGUAGAACCUUGAUGUGCCCUAAAAUGAGAUAAGCUUAUACUUAUAUGCAUUCAUACAAACAGAUCAGGGGGAAAUUGGCAAACAGUAAGUAGAAUUCAAUUAUGCCUGUUUAAAAAAUAAAAUAGGCAAUUAGAAAUAGGCCUUUCGAAUCCCAAUAGUGGCUACAUAUUCAGAAGAUAGAUUUUACUUUAUUUGUCACAUGGAGAGAUACAGCUGUACAAAGACUUCUUAGGCAAAUUUUGUACACUUUCUUGCCAACCUUUAGGUGAGUGUAGAAACAAUUGCUUAAUGGAUACCACGGACUUUGGGUGGUUUCUUUCCCUCUGAUAUCUACCUAUAGGUCUUCAGGAGAGAAAAGGAGUAGUCAUAAAUAUGGCUCUUCAUUGUUUCUGUCAAAAUAUAAAACAUUAAAACUUACCUACUCUCUGUUCCAAAUAGUUUCCAGGAGGUGAAUAAUUGGAUAUUCUUCAUAAUUCUAUUUUCAUACUCUGGGGCCAUGCUACUGUACAAUUAUCCUACUAAAAUUAUUUGGGGAAAGAAAACAGAAGUACUAUUUGGAGAGAGAAUCCUUAUUGUUAUCACACUCUGUACUUACAACUACCUUGAAAGGUAGUUUAGGUUAAAAGGCCAAAGGUCACCCUAUGCAUUUUACAAUUUGGCAGGCAUUUAAAUUGAGAUCUAGCACAUUGCCAAAUACUUCACAUAAAUCAUACUGUGUCUCUAAAACCCUUAUCUUAAACCAGAUUAAUGCACAUAAGUAAUUAUAAAGAUGACUAGAAAAUGAGUUUUCAGAUAGGGGUGUAGCCAUCUCAUGUUUAUUUGCUGCAGUUUAUAUGCUGUCUUUCUCCUGCUGUAUUCACAGUGAAUCAUAUCUUACAAUAAUGUCUGACCAUUUCAAGAAACUGUAGAGAAAGAAAGGAACACUGAGCAAUGUUGGGUAUCUUGAUCAUUGUAUGAAACAGUUCUGGAAAACUAUGGGCAGUUGGUCUUAGCUGAGUUAUUGGCAAAGGACUUGCUGUUUCAUCUUUCCUUCAUCUUUAGCAGCGAGAAUAGUCAUUAAAGGACAUCUCUCCCAGAAAGGAGGAGCUGUACGGGAGAUAGUCCCAAAUGAACCAAGAGGAGUAGCUUAUAUAUCAUAACAAUUCUAGGAGAGUAAAAAUAGAUUUAUAGUUGGUCUUAGUAGACUUUAAACUACUAAAACUCAGCUGCUGGCUGUCACAGGUCAGCCAUUUGGAAAAAGCAUCCCAGAGUUCCACAUGCAGGUCCAUCAUAUGCCAUGGACAUCUGAGUGAUUCCUGCAGUCCCUCUACUCUCUUUUUUAGGUCAUUGUUGGCAAGCCUGACCUAAGAAGAGAGGCAAGGGAACCAGCAAAGUAGCCUAUUAUUCAUAUGGGCAACUUAGGAUCAGUAUCACAAAAGAAGGCAGCCUUUUGUCCCAACACUGAUUACUGGUCUCACUAGGGAGCCAAACAGGUGUAAGAGUCUGUCUUAGCCUGGUUUACAAUGCAUUGCCAUUUGCCUUGAAGAAUAACAUUAUCAUUUCAUUUCUCCUUCUUCUCUCUUCCUUUGAUAAGUUAACGGAAGACUAUGAAUGUACAGGUUGUAUCAGCUGCUGAACCUUUGUGACUAGCUAAUACAAAGUUUGAAAUUCUUUGUGAAAGAAGUUGCUGCUGUACCCCAAUCUGAUUGUUCUGUUCUGUUUUAUUUUUCAGUGCAAAUAUGCAGUGUUUCUAUAGCUCUCUUUGUAGAGCUGGAUUUUUUUUAAGGGAAACAUUUUCAAGUAGUGCACGCCUACGUCGUUUCUUAGUGGAAUUUUAUAUGCAACUCUAGUUUGUUACUAUAAUAAGCAUCUCUGUUUAACAGAGUAACUUUGGAGAGAGGCAGGCGCACCCCUGGUUUUUGUGUGUGUGUUUGUGCUACACAAUGAGGCAAGUGCAAUAUAUGAACCAAUGUUGUGAAAUACACAUGCUGAAAAGAGAAGUGUUUUGUGACAAGGUGAUGCAGCCAUCAUUGCAUGAACAGCAAAAACUGUAGUGUUGUUACCUUUCUUAAUGGAGAUAUUAAGUGUUAUUUGCCACUAACUGGAACUGUCAUUUCAACCUCUCCAUCUUGUUGCUGAUGCCAUGUGGAUGAGAUGUUUUUGUCCACCAGACUACCAACCAGACAAGGAUGUUUUCUCCACAUGACAUUAAUCCUUUUGUGAGAGUUAUCGGGUAUAAAUCAUAAUAUGUGAGCUGGUCUCAAGCAAACUGAAACUUGCAGACAUUUAUUAAUAAGAAACAGGGCUGGCCUUGUCAUUCAGCAGGAUGACAAAUGAGUUUUGGGGAGAGGACAAAGCUCUGUACGUCUUGUCGUCUGCCCUGCACCAGUAUAGUAGCCUGCUGCACUCAGGCACAAUGGAAGAUAUUGUCCUAUCAUCAGUCAAAGGUUAAACGAUCAAUUCAGUUGGCAUCUGUAUGUAGAAUAUGAGUUGGGGAGCUCCGUCUUCUCCUUUAGCUCAAAAAAGUCUAUUUCUCCCAAACUGGAAAUUUUUCUGCUUAGGCAAUCCAGCAGAGAAAAACCACAAGCAUCUCAUUUCAGUUCAAGGGAUCAUCAUAUACCAGACAUAUAAAGUUGAGAGGGAAGAAUGGAAACUCAGUUUGAUUAUGUUUGACUUGUCAAGAAAUAGAGCUCCAUAGCAUUCAUUUGGGAAUUGUGUAGUUAACGUCUUUUUAGUGAUAAAUGUAAGCAUAAUUCCACCUUAUGUUUGUGUAUAGAUUUAUUUUGUUGUUGCUGCUUCUGAAGAGUCAACAUUCCCUUCCUUCCUCCCCUUCUGCCAUUCCUCUUGGGCUCGUUCACACUUCACAAUUGUAACACAUUGAUUCCACUUUGAUUUUCUUGGUUCUGUCCCAUGGGAUCCUGGGUUCUGUAGUUGAAGGAGAGGCACUUAGCAUUCUCACCAAGAAAGCCCCAGUGCCUCCAUCAUGCUAUGAACUGUAGGAUUCCAGAAGAUGCCAUUCAAAGGCUAUGAUUAUGUGCUGUGAAGGGAUCCCUUGUCUACUGUUCUGAGUAUUUCUUUGCCAGUGUUUUAGAGUAGAUGGGCAAACCAGAAAAAAUAUCUGGCCUAAGGAGAGUUUUAGCACAGAGAUGACAGCUCUGUAAAUAAUUAUUUUUCCCAUUUCUGUCCAAGGAGAAUACAUUAGUUCUGUCUAAACUAAAAGGAAAAGUUUGCAGUGUCACUCUUAGAUCAAUGGAAAUGCUUAUUAUAAUGCAAGGAAAUAAUCCAACCUCUUGAGCACUUCUGGAAAUGGUUGCUGCUUUAGAACAAAUUAUGCCAAACUAAGGGAAAGAGACUCUUUUUAAUCUUCUUGACAAGAAAUGAAAGCCCCCCAGGAGAGUUUGCAUUCUUAUGCCAAAGAUCUAACUAACUCAAAAGUGACAAUGACAAAAACAAAAUUGACUUGUGAAUCCAGUGGCAGCCCUAAGGAACUUCAUUACGUAUAGGAGUGUAGACAUAGUAGAAUCCAAGCAAGGGAGCAAAUCUUUGGUCAACUACAACCUAUUUGUGCCCUGAGCUUUUUGCAAGCACAGGUUUCUAAGCUUGGUAGGAAAGAACUACAGCAUGGCAGUGAUUCAGUGGGGUUGUAUGUGGGCCCUUUUCCUCUUCGCAAUCUAUAUAUCUUGGCCAUACAAAGUCAGCCUAAGCCUACACAGCUAUUAGUAGCUGCCAUGAGACUGCCCUUGGUCCAUACCCUAGUUUUCCAUGUGAUUUUAAAUUUAAAAUAUGACUCCACUAGAUCCUGUUCCCCUCUAUUUAGUUAUUUCUGUGUCUAUGUUCAAGAGUUCAUUGUAAGCCAGUCCGCGAAAUGUAUUUUGUGUAUAUUUUGUUCAAAGGGAAUUCUUAAAGGAAGAUAUUUUAAAACAAAUUCUAACUAUUUAUGUUGCUUGUGUUGUAGAAUAAAGUACAUGCAAAACUAAAA